AAUUGAAACGUCCAACACAUACCUCUCUCUCACCACUAUUGAUAGAUCUCAUCUGAACCCUAGGGUUUCCUCCAGUUCUCUCUCACCUCCUCCGAUUUAUAGAGGACGAUGAAGAUUCAGUGCAACGUUUGUGAGGUUGCAGAAGCGAACGUUUUGUGUUGCGCAGAUGAGGCGGCUCUGUGUUGGUCUUGCGAUGAGAAGGUUCACGCUGCCAAUAAGCUCGCUAGCAAGCACCAGAGCGUUUCUCUCUCUGCUUCUUCCUCUCCCAUGCCCAAAUGUGACAUCUGUCAGGAGACAGUUGGCUAUUUCUUUUGUCUCGAGGAUAGAGCUUUACUGUGUCGGAAAUGUGAUGUUGCCAUACACACAGCAAAUACCUUUGUGUCUAGUCAUCGGAGAUUUCUACUUACAGGAGUGAAAGUAGGGCUUGAACCCACUGAACCUGGUGUGUCUGCUUCCUCAGGGACGGCACAAUCUAGUGAGAAAAUCUCAGAAACAGAAUCUCGUUCUGUGCCUAGAAAGGGUACCCCAAUGCUGUUGACUGGUCAGUAUAACAAAGUAUCACCUGUCUAAGUUGCUGGGGUUGGG